GUUGCCGUCUCUCUCCUUUAGCUUGGCUCCCUCCCCAUCGCCAUCAUCAUCACCUCCAUCUCCUCGCCAUCACGCCUGCCUCCUCCUCCCCUUCCUCCUCUUCCUUUACACCGCUACAAAAGAGCGUGAGCACACUGCUUGAGAGCUAGCUGCUGUUCAUCGCAAUUCACACGACGCGAAGACCCUGAUCUUGACCUAGGUAGCUGGUUCUUGGAGAGAGCUAGUCAGCUAGCUCUUUGCAGGCGUCUCGACCCUCAGUGUGCUAGAUUUCACUCGAUGGGCGUCGAGCUCGACCUCUCUGAGUUGGCUGUGCUCCGGCCGAUCCAGACCUCAGCGGGCAGCGGGGGCGCCGCAACGGCUCGGCGUGGCAACGACGACCUGGACGCCGCCGACACAGGCUGCGUCACGCCGACGGCCGUGAGCUCCCUGUUGCCGCGGCAAGUAGGCUUUGGCGUGGGCGUCGGCAUCGACGUCGUCGAGUCCGUCUUCAGCACGCCGACAUCGUCCCCGUGCUUGCUGCGGCCGGCCACGGUGUGCCCUCCGGCGCCGCGGAAGCCGGCGAGGUCGCCCGCCGCGGCCGCCGCCAAGAGGAAGCGCUGCUGUGACCGCCCCGGGCUGCAGCGGCCCUUCUUCCCCGUGCCGCAGGACCUCUCCACGGUGUUCGUGCCGCGCGGCCCCGCGGACAGGUCGCCGCCGCCCCGGGCGGCCAAGAAGAUCCGCCGCCUGUUCGUCGUGGGGUGAAGCGGCGGCGACGUCGCUCGUCAGGCAGAAUGCAUGCCACAGGCCAUGCUCUCCUCAUCCAGUGCUGAUCGAUCCCCUCGUCGCCUCGCGCGCGGCCUGGCUACCUCUCUGUUCCGGCGGUCGGCGGCGCGCCAAUCGCCAUCUGCUGCGAGCGGGAUCGAGGGCAAUUUCUUGGCUUCUUGGAAGCACUGAAGACACCAAGGCUAGUACCAUCCAUGGCCAUGCGCCUUUGUUUCGUCAGAUCUUGCUGAUCGAGUGUGUGUGCAGCGUGCGCGUCUUGGAUCGAUCGAGUCUGAAUAAUCGAAUUGUAAAUAUGCUACAUUUGUUGGCUACGCACAGUUGUCUUCGCGCAACUCGGGGUAUAGAGUUAAAGACUGUAAUUUCUGGGAAUUCACUGCAAAUUCUCUGUUGCAAAUGGAUACAAAUUCCCCUGCCCGCCCCUUCCAGAAAUCGCUGUAAAUGGUCUGUGCCAGAAGCUGUAAAAAAUCUCUCUGAAUGUAUGAUCUUGGUUGUUCUGUUGUCCUCUGCACACAUUUUCUAUUUUCCCAUGGAGACUCCAAUUCUUGAAAAUUGUGUCUUGGAGCUA